GGGCCGGGCCGUGGGUGUGCGGCUGCGCAGACUGUCGGGUAGGUGACAAACAAUCGGCGCAAAAAGACACCCGAAAGGAGGCGAAUGGGACUAGAUGGAUACUUCUGCAGCAAAAACCUUCUGGGGUCAGAUAAACCAGGAGAUAACUUCAGCAUGAAUGACAUCAACCUGAGCCCUGUGGGGAUGGAUCAACUGAAUGCUUCAUCUGUUAGCAGCACCUUACCUGUCACAGGAAGUCACCUGGGCAUGGGUUCACCCACCCACAACCCUCUCCCAGCUCCAGGAAUGCCGGUGGCAAUACCGAACCUUAGUCCUUCCUUAGGCUCCCUCCCAUCAGCUCUUUCAUUAAUGCUUCCAAUGAGUAUUGGAGAACGUGGAGUAAUGUGCAGUAUUCCAGAGCGGAAUUAUACUUUGCCACCUCCUCCAUAUCCACAUUUGGAGAACAGCUACUUUCGGCACAUUCUCCCGGGUAUUUUGUCUUACUUGGCUGACAGACCACCUCCCCAGUACAUCCAUUCUAGCGCUAUCAGUGUGGAUGGAAACCCUGCACUGCCUGUUUCUAGCAACCCACCUACCCUUGAUCAUUAUGAACCUAAUGGUGCUGUGGGCUUGGAGUCCAGCAUCGUUUCCAUUGACUCGAGACAUGUAGGCACUCACAACUCCCAGAAUCUGCAUCAGAGCAACAACCAGGAAGUUCCACUGAAUGCUAACAUCUCCAUGGAAACAGUUUCUAGAGUUAAUAGUCCCAUCUCGACAGAAGGGAUGAGUGAAGAUUUGACUAUGAAUGGUGUAACAGGAAAGCCACAGGCAUUGUCUUCUGGCUCCAGAAACCAUGAAACAAUAACUGUGGACUCCGUGGGGAAUAAUUUGGAAGCAGAGGCAGUAGGGCAGAAUACAAUAAUUCCAAUACAUGCUAAUGCAAUAGAGUUACCAGUUGUCAUGGAACCAGAACAAAUAACUGGUCGGGUAAACAACAUGCCAGAGAAUUCUCUGAGUGACUCCAUCCAUGCUGCUACAAUAAAUCCAAAUCCAGUAGGAGUGGCACUUUCAUCUUCUCACUCACUGCCUUCACUUGAGUCAGUGUCUCUUCAUGGAUCCAAUGUGGGACUGGACAGAGUUUCUGUUUCCACUAUUACAACAGAGGUCUCCAUGAGGACCAAUCAGGUAGAUGGGUCCUCAGAAAACCUUUCAUUUGUGUCAGGAUCUCUACAAAUGGAGGAUUCCUGCUCCAAUAAAGAGAAUCUGGCAGAUUCCUUUACGAUUUGGUGUACUGUAUGUGACCGUGCCUAUCCUGCUGACUGUCCUGAACAUGGGGCAGUAACUUUUAUACCAGACACACCAGUCAGCAGCCGAGCCCGACUGUCAAUUCCAAAACAGCUAAGCCUCAGACAGUCCAUCACGGGAGAAGAUGUUGGUGUGUGGAGUCAAGAAACAAUUCCCAUACGCACUUGUUUUGGACCUCUGAUUGGAGAAGAGAUUAACUUGUUGGAAGUUGCUGAUUGGACGAACAAAAGCAACACUAAUAUCUGGAAGAUAUUUUGCAAUUAUGUUUUGGAAUUUCUGAUAGUGACAGCAGAUGAGAAUAUCUGUAACUGGAUGAUGUUUGUACACAGGGCGAGGACACGGGAGGAGCAAAACCUAGUAGCCUAUCCUCACAAUGGGAAGAUUUAUUUCUGUACAUCCAAAGAGAUUCCUCCGAACCAUGAGCUACUUUUUUACUAUACCAGGGACUAUGCAAGGCAACUUGGAGUUCCAGAGCAUCCAAAUGUACACAUGUGUCACUGUGGCAAGGCAUAUGGUACAUACAGUGAGCUGAAGUCACAUCUAAGCAGUCAUGGACAGAGUCGGGAAAGGAAGUGGAAGUGUUCCAUCUGUCCAAGAGCAUUCACCUCUUCUACCAAACUAAAUGUUCACAUGAUGGGACAUAUGGGGAUGAAACCACACAAGUGUGAGUUCUGCAGCAAGGCUUUCAGUGACCCCAGCAAUCUCCGAACUCACCUGAAAAUUCACACAGGUCAGAAAAACUACCGCUGUGAAAUGUGUGACAAGUCUUUUACUCAGAAGGCUCACCUGGCCUCUCACAUGAUAAUCCACACAGGAGAGAAGAACCUGAAAUGUGAUUAUUGUGAGAAAAUGUUCAUGCGGCGGCAGGACCUACGGCAGCACAUGUUGACCCAUACACAAGAGAGGCAAAUCAAGUGUCCAAACUGUGACAAACUCUUCUGGAGGACAACACACUUAAAGAAACAUCUCAAUUCACAUGAAGGAAGAAGGGAUUUCAUCUGUGAGAAGUGUUCGAAGGCAUACUUAACAAAGUAUCACUUAACUAGACAUUUAAAGAUCUGCAAAGGUUCCAAGACAUGUCUGCCCAUGCAAGAUCUGGAGGAAGAGGAUGAGGAUGAGGAUGUAGAUAGUGAGGAUGAAGAACUCUUGGAGUCUGGUAGAGGGACCUGCCAGUUGAACAAUGACAAUUACGCCACAGAAGAGGAUGGGCAGUAGGAGUUGCAAAAUAUUUCGGAUGUGACUGUCCUAUUGAGCAAGAACAUCUUCAUAGAUUGAGUCAGAGCUUUCAUAAUCUUAUGAACAACAUGCAAAUGGAUUCCUCAUAGAAGAUCACAGCAGCUCCCCUGAACCAAAUAUUGCAGAAAUGUAAAUAAUGGAGCACAGAGCAGUGAGGCACCAUUAAAAGGAGCAUCAGGGACAUGAAUCUGACACAUACUGAAUGUGAAGCUAGGUCUUAAUUCUAAAUUGGUCAAUUCUUACUUAGGAUCAGUCCAAACAUAGAUUUUAUGAGGUGCAUCUUUUCAUUUCUAUAAAAUCAUACAAGUAUCUUGGAGAUUGACCUGCAAUAUGAUUAUUAACCAGAACUAGUCUGCUGAUGUGAGUUUUAAGAACAUGACAAUCUGUCACUCUGACAAAGGGAGACAUUCAUUUACCUGAAUUGCUGUUCUAGGAGAAGAAGCAUGGCUCCUUGCUGCCCACAAUUAAUGAUAUCAAGGAUUGGUGGGGAGUUUGGUUAACAUGCAAAAUAAAUCAAUGCACUUGUAACCUUGCUUCAAAGUGUUAAGCAUAAACUGAGUUCAAAGUGUGCAUCUUAAAUCUUACUCUACAGUGCUCAAUCAAUCUAGUGGAAGAACAAGUGUGCACCUAUUGUAUAUCAGUAUUCAGCAGUUAUCUUCUAAUGGACCUGAUUAUCUAGACAAAAUAGAAAUUAACUUUUCAUCUGAAACAGUUUUGUGAAUGUAUGGAGGAUGCUACAAUGCACAUUGGAAGAUAAUUGACUUUUUGUAGCAAGUGAGAUAAUUUACUUGUUUUGCGAACAGGAAAUGAACAGUGAAGGCAAAGUUCAAGUAGACUGUAAAUAUUUCAAACUUGUGUUGCUGCCUCACACCAAUGUAGUUCUUGUGACUCUCCGAUGGCUUAGGAAAAAACAUAUGCAGGUAGGCAACAAACAAGGUGUUUUUAUUUGGCCAAAAGGACAAUGCUGACCUGUGUUUAGCUGUAAUAUAUUGUACAUCUUUUGGUAAUAUAUUUUCCUUAUGUUCCAUUCAAAGUAAUACUAAAAAGAUGAAUUAAAAUUAU